GAUUGGGGGUGGACAAAACUUUAAUUUGAAAUUGCCACCAGUUUGAGGUCAGUCAAGUUGAAGCCUUCUUUGGGAGCGGAUUGGAAAUUAGCAUUCGGCUUAAAUCAAACUAACAAUGAAACUCUUCUUGUGUUUAUUGCUGGCCAUCGCCGGACAGUCCAUGGCUCAAAGCCAGGAUGAGUUCGUCGAAUAUCUGCUGGAAAUCCAGGCUCAGGCGGAAACUGUUCAUCAGCUGAUGGAAGGUACAUUCGACAACGUCCGAUUCACCAUGAGCGACCAGUUAAUUGACCUGAACCGUGAUUUGAUUGGCCGCAUGAACUCCGCUCUCGAGGAAAUCGAACAGAUCAAGGAAGAUACCGAAGAGUUGGUCAGCGGAUCUUCUGCCCAGCAGAUUUGUCUGGAUGUGGCAACCGCCAACUGGGAACUCGAAAUUGAAUGGGUGGGACAGGCUCUGCAGCGUUGCGCCAGCGAGGCCAACCUGGACAUCACUGGAGCCACUGCCAAUGUGCACAGUGCUAUCGAAGAAGCUCAGGUCCAGUCCACCGAACUGCAGAACAUCGUUGUCCGCGGAUUCAUCGACUGGAAUGCCAUCGACUACACCGAGUCGAUCUCGACCAUUGUGGGUGCUCAGAUCACUCAGAAAUACGAAUACUUCCAGCAGGUUACCCAGCCCUUCCUGGAACAAAACCUCCAGCAAAUCUUCAAUUUGAGAACACAGUCGCUGCCACGUACCUUCACCUGCGUCGACCGUGGAGUGGAACGCUUCAACAACUACGCUCGCGUAAUUCGUGAUACCCUGUUCUUCUGUCAGUAAAGUGUUUUCUCUGUUGAUGUAUUCUCGAUUGUGAAAUAAAAAUAGUUACUAAAUA